GUCUUCUUACAUCCAUGGUGGGAGUAAUAUGCUGCGUUUGUGAUAUUGUGAAACUAACUAUGUAAUAAGUUCAUGUUUUGCACUAUUUAUUAUAAAGGCCUUUGUCUUUGAGAAGGGGUACGGGAAACGUUUCCUGGAUAGCUGUUCAUAGCAGUCGCAGUCCGUUAGCUAAAGCUAAACCGGAGACGGGAUCUUAAUUAAUCCAGACGGGACCAGCCCCAGGAGCCGCAAGCAGCAGUCAGUCACACCCUGGUCUGGGGUGAGGAGCCCUGUCUGCGCAGUAACCUCAAACUACUCUCCAUCACAUGUGACGAUGUUUUAUACUUAUCAUUAGCCUCAGGCUUCGUCUGCGGGGGCUUCGGAACAAUAUUGUGAGUUAACUGGGAAGAGUGGACUGGAUAUGACUGACUCAUCGUCAUGGCACGGACAGAGGAGAUAACCCCGAACAGUCUGUCUGCUGCAGUGCCAAACAGACAGCAUCACAACUAGCCACCCAGCUAAGUUAUUUACACAUUCAAUCGUUUUUAGUAGUUACUUCCCUUCAGCGUGGCAUUAUAAAUACCACCAUGUAUACGUUUGUUACCCGUGACGAGAACAGCACUGUGUAUGCAGAAGUUUCCAAAAUCCUCCUCUCUUCCGGACAAUGGAAGAGGCUGAAAAGAGACAAUCCCAGAUUCAACUUGAUGCUUGGUGAACGCAACAGACUGCCUUUUGGACGUCUGGGUCAUGAACCAGGCCUGGUGCAGCUGGUCAAUUACUACAGGGGAGCAGACAAGCUUUGCAGGAAGGCAUCCUUAGUCAAGCUUAUAAAGACGAGCCCAGAGCUGUCAGACUCCUCUAGCUGGUUCCCAGAAUCCUACAUCAUCUAUCCCACUAACUUCAAAACCCCUGUGGCUCCAGCUACCAAUGGCAUCAGCCACCUGAAGAGCAAUCCCAAAACGGAUGAGCGGGAAGUUUUCUUGGCGUCCUAUCACUCUAAAAAAGAAAGUGGGGAGGGCACAGUGUGGAUAGCCAAGUCUUCUUCUGGAGCUAAAGGUGCUGGUAUUUUAAUUUCCACUGAUGCUAGUCAGUUGCUGGAGUACAUUGAUAAUCAGGGACAGGUUCAUGUUAUUCAGAAGUACCUGGAGAAGCCUCUGCUUCUGCAGCCGGGAAAUCGGAAGUUUGACAUCAGGAGCUGGGUGCUAGUUGACCAUCAGUACAACAUCUAUCUAUACCGGGAGGGCGUGCUGCGGACGUCCUCGGAGCCUUACAACAGCUCCGACCUGCAGGACAUGACCAGCCACCUGACCAACCACUGCAUCCAGAUGGAACACUCCCAGAACUACGGGCGCUACGAGGAGGGGAACGAGAUGUUCUUCGAUGAGUUCAGGCUGUACCUGCUAAACACUCACAACGUCACGCUGGAGACCUCCAUAUUACCUCAGAUCAAGCAGAUCAUCAAGAGCUGUCUGACAUGCAUCGAGCCGUCAAUCAGCACCAAGCACCUGUCCUACCAGAGCUUCCAACUCUUCGGGUUUGACUUCAUGGUGGACGAGAGCUUCAAAGUGUGGCUCAUUGAGAUCAACGGAGCUCCAGCCUGUGCACAGAAACUGUAUUCAGAGCUGUGCCAGGGCAUCGUGGACGUGGCCAUUUCCAGCGUCUUCACCCUGAACAGCGGAGACUCUUCAUCUGCUUCCUCUUCACCAUAUUCCUCCUCUCCAUCCUCCAUGUUCACCACCAACUCCUGCUCCUCUCCCAAAAUCAGAGGGCCUCUUCACAUGGGCCCUUUCACUCGACUGUAAGCACACUCAACAGUCCCCUCGUCUCCUCUGUACGGCUUCCUCAUGCUCUGUCCUCACUUGUAACUCCACCUGAGAAGUAGCUUCCUGAUUGUUCCUCUCCUAGCUGAGCUGCAGAAUGAUCUCCCCUCUCCUCAUUAUGCAUAUGUGAGGUCGGUGAUAAGUCGACAAACUUUGUGGGAGUUUCCGAAUGAGGACAGACACCCUUCCAUCUCAGUCCCACUUCUGGUUUCUCCACAAGCAGAUGAAUGGAGGACUGAAGGAUGCUGAGACUGUAGUGCCUUACAUUUCCAGCCACGCUCCCUUAAAAAGAACUGCCAGUUAGCUUGCUCUGUUACUGUGACUCGUACUUAUUCUAUAAGCCUUUGCACUGUUGCUCAACGCUCCCAUGAUCAGUCCACAAUAAUUAGUGUGAAACAAAUUCAUUGGCAUUGAAUUUGUGAAACUUUUAAUGUUAGUUUUCUCCAGUUUUUGCAGUUUCUUUUUAGUUUAGAAAUGUUAGGGUUGCUAACAGUGAUCAAAACGUGUUAAGAAUUUUAAAAGAGAAAAAGUAACCCAAUGUGUCUGAUGAGAUAAGAAUGAAGAAGUCUCAGCUGGGUCAUAAACAGGGAGACCUUCCAGUUCUGGUAAACCCAAGUCCGUCCCUAAGUGUCCCUGACCUCUGACCUCUACAGCAGGGACAGAGAACCCCCUAAAGGGGUUCAGUAGUAGCCCUCAUUUUUCUGUUCUUAACAAUUUAUUUUAAAAUAGUCUAUCUACAGACAUUUUGGUGUUUUAUUUUCCAUUAGACGAGAGCAUGUUUGUGUGAAAGCAUGUCGAAUGCAUCCUCAUACCAGCCCCACAAAGGGAAGCACCUUCUGCUCUGGUUCUGUAAACAGCUGCUCUAAUGUCCCUUUGAUUUCUGAUAUCUGCACAGCUAGACUGUCAUUGUAAAAUGUCGUCAACACGUGUGUGGAUUGUUUUUGAACUGUUGUAAUGGAAGUAGAGUAGAUUGUACAAAGUGUGUUACAGACCCCAUGAAAUGAAGCUGAGAACAUAGAACACUAAUUCUAACACUGCUCUUGUACAGCUUACUGUGUCUGAUGUGUUGCCAAAGACAAGUCAGUGGACAGCUAACAGCUAUAAGGAAGUCACAGACACAUCUUCAUCCUAUCACUGCCUCUUCUUCAGUUACAGCUGGUGUUGGAUCAUGUCUUAGGUUUUUUACACUUGUUUUAUUACUAUCGUGGUGUUUCAUGGCUGAUUUUAUUGUUUUUUUUUCAUGGGGUUCUUGACAUAUUUCAGAUUUUCUUUGUAGAGAAUUAACAGUUGUAACCGUCUGAGGGGACAAAUCUAUUUUAUGUUUCUUAGAAGGGAAUAUUUCCUCAGACAUUACACUUUUAAUUAACUGAAGAUGUGUGACAGUUGCAUGUUGGGUAGACCAUUCAAUUGGCUCCUUUCACAGAAUAGGUCAUCAUGAGUGUGUGCCUCUCAUUGUUAGAAUCCCUGCUGUUCCUCUAUUCUAACCUUGAUUCAAGAGGCUUUGCAUCCCAUGUUGUGAGUAACUUCAGUUAAGGGACACCAUUGGAGCAUUUAUUUAUGUUUUAAUUGACAGUGUGUUUGUGUUUACAAGUUGAAGGUGGGAAACAUUUACAGAGCAGGUUACACUGACAAGAAAUGAGUCAUGUAGAGAUAUGAUGAAUGCAUUCAUGUAUUGCAAUGCUCUGAUGUAGCUAAUCAUUUGGAAAACUAUCAAUGUUUUUGUCAAAAAUUUGUUUUUAAGAAUGUUUGCUGAUUUAAAAAAAAAAUGAACGUAAGCAAUCAGUAUUUGCUUAUUGUUCAAUUUUUAGGGAAAAGUAUUUCCAUUGAAGGGACGGGUGCCUUAGGGGGAAUUGCAUAUUGGUGAAAAGAAGCAAUUAGACCUCCAGCAUUUUGAAGCACCUUCAUUGUUGUUGUAUCUAAGUGGUUUUGCCUAAUUUAGAAGACCUCUUGAGUUCGAUGAUGUCAUUUUCUCAGUUGAUCAUGUUUUGUCAUUAUUCCUGGAUUUCCACAUCUUUACCAAAGAUUUAAUCCCUGCUGUGUUUCAGUGUUGAAUCAUGUUUGGUAGUUGCUGUUAUCUGGACAUUAUUAAAUCAAUUGGCCAACAUGAUCCUAAAGAAGGGUCACAUUCAGAGGGAUAUCUGUGUGCUGUGUUUUUGUUCCGUAUGCUUUAUCAAACAAUUGCAUGAACAUUUGUCUUUAUCAGAAAUGAUAUUAGAAUAAAAAAAUCGGACUAUUAAAAAAGCUUGUGUCGUAUAUAUU